AUGUCACGUCUUCUGGUGCUGCUCGCCGUUCCUUUCGCCGUUCUGGCCUUGACGCCCAACGAGAAGCUCAAGAAGUGCUGCGCCACGCUCACGGACGCCGACAAGGAGUGUGUCGACCGCUUCUGCGACUUCAACGCCAUCUCUCAGACCAACGUUAGUUGCCUUUAUUCUUGUCAUUGACAUUUAAAGUUUUGUUCGAGAUCGGCUGAUCAUUGGGAAGAUUUGCAGAUCCUGAACUACCUGUCGACGUGCUCUGACCGCGGACCGACCGUCGGACAGAUGUGGGACUGCGCCUCGCUGCGACACGACCACACCAAGUGCUGCGUCGACAAGGGCGUCACCGGAAAGUGUCUCGAGUACUGCUCGGCCCAAGACGGCGUGCCCAGCAACUACGCCGACUACGUCUUCUGCACCGAGUCGUUCAACGAGAUCCGCGACUGCUUCCACGAGCAUCUCGACAAGAACCCCUGGUUCAACAAGAUCAAGUCCGCCAAGAGCCCCUAG